UUUUUUAUUCUCUCUUUCCGAUUUAGAAUGUUUAAUUUUCUAUUUAUCAGUUUAAUUAAUUAAUAUCAUUAUUUCAAGUAUUUAAUUUUUUUAAAAAUUCAAAAAAUUAUUUUGAAAUUAAUAAUUAUGACAACAACGCCACAAGUUGAACAAGUUGAACAACAGAGAAGAGUAUCAACUCCAAGUUUAAGGUUAUCUAUAAAAAGUAAUUCCAAUGCAGCUGUUGAAGAUUCUUUAAAAACUUAUAAACUGUUAGAAGCACUCCGAUCAGGAGACACUUCAACAUUACAAACUUUAAUAUCAACGUACACUCUUCCAGUUCCUUCUUCUACUUCUUCCUCCACUCCCACUUCCUCAACCUCAUCACAACAUAAUUUGCCAUCACCACUAACUUUAGGUGUACAAUGUGCCACAACCAACACAAUAGAGUUCAUCAUAUCAAAUUUUGUUGGGAAAAAUAUUGAUCUAAAUCAAAGUGACCAAUUAGGGAAUACGGCAUUACAUUAUGCAUCAAAGGGAGGUAGAAUCGAUGUUAUUGAAUUACUGUUAAAACAAAAAAAUAUUAAUGAUACAAUAAUGAAUGUGGAUGGCAAACAACCUAUCGAUUUGGCUAAAAAUCGGGAAAUUGCCAAUAUUUUAAAAGAAAGCAGAGACGAAUUUGUUGAACAUGCAACAUCAUUAUUUAAGCAAUAUAUAACUAAUUCAAAUUAUUCAGGACUAUAUAGUUUAUUUUCAGAUCCAAGAGCAGUAGCAUUAGUGGAUAUAAAUCAUCAAGAUUCAACAACAGGUGCAACAUUGUUACAUGAUUCUGCUCGGAAAAAAGACAUAGAAAUGGUAAAAUUUUGUAUAGAUCAUGGAGCAGAUGUAGGAAUAAGAGAUCGUAAGGGGAAGUUGGCAAUAGAAGUGACAAAAGAUGAUGAUAUUAAAUCUUUAUUAAAACAAAUUACACCGCUAUUAACAACCACAUCAAUAGUAACCACUUUGGAAUCUAAUCAACCACCAAAAUUAAAAGGUUAUUUAAAUAAAUGGACAAAUUAUGCUGGUGGAUAUAAGAGUAGAUGGUUUGUCCUAGAGAAUUGUAUUCUUUCAUAUUUUAAAAAUCAAGAUGAUGCGGGAAAUUCAUGUAGAGGUAGUAUAAAUAUGAAGAUAGCAAAAAUUUCUAUUGAUUCUUCUGAUAGACAAAGAUUCGAUAUCAUAGGGAAGGGAAGUAUAAGAUAUCAUUUAAGAGCUAAUCAUCCUUCUGAAGCAAAAAAAUGGACCAUUGCUUUAACUCAAUCUACUCAAUGGCAACAACAAAAUCAUAGAGAAGAUGGAGGAAUGGUGUCACCCACUUCUCGUAACGUAACAGGAGAAAUUAAAGAUGAUGAUUCUAGAGUUGGAAGAACCGAAAGUCUUUCUCAACAAAAUAAUGAUCAAAGAUCAAGAUCAAGAUCACCAUCGGAUGAUAGUAUCGAAGUAGAAACAAUACCAUAUGAAGAUUCAUAUCAAAUGACAAUUAAUUCAGCAAAAGCACAAUUUCUUUUACAAAAUCAACAACUUGAAGCGUUAAUUACAAUGUUACCACUACAAUCAUCCUCGUUGGAAGAAGGUAAUGAAACAAAAGAAGGAGCAUUGGUUGAAACAUUUAGUAAAUCAUUAAAUUUAUUACAAAAUUAUGUCGAAGAAAUUCUUAGGAUGACAGAAGAAAGGGAAGAGUAUUGGAGAAAAAAAUUAGAUAAAGAAUUAGAGAUCAAAAGAUUAUGGGAACAAAGUAUGAGAGAUUUAUUUAUUGAACGCAAUGAGAUGGAACAGAUCAUACAAGAUAAUGUUAAAGAAGAAAAAUUAAGAAAAAAACAAUUAAGAUUAAUAUCUCCAACGAAUAGUACGCCAAUACAGAGGGAAUCUAGUGAAAUGGAAGUGAGAAAGAGCGAAGAGUUUCAGUCACGUGCUGUGGACUUAACCGUUGUUACUAAUGGGUUAUCGACGACGAGUGGAGAAAAUCUGAUCACAACUUCUUCAAUGUCCUUGGCGGAUGAAUAUGAUUCUGAUGAAGAAUUUUACGAUGCAUUUGAUGGUUGUUCGGUUAAUGAAGAUAUUAACAAAUCUGCUACAAAAUUACCUUCUGAAUUAUCAUCAGAAGGAAUUAGUCUACCUAAUUCUACCUCCCUGCAACCAUAUAUAUCUAAUUCAUAUUUAGGAUAUCCAGAACAUAUUAGAGAGAGGUUGCCAUUAGAUCAAAAAUCAUUGAGGCCCGAAGUAUCAUUAUGGAGUAUAUUAAAAAAUAGUAUAGGUAAAGAUUUAAGUAAAAUUACUUUACCAGUUUAUUUUAAUGAACCUACUAGUAUGUUGCAGCGUAUGGCUGAAGAUAUGGAAUAUAGUGAGUUAUUGGAUUCUGCUAGCAGACAACAAAAUAGCGCCGAAAGAAUUUUAUAUGUUGCUGCUUUUGCCAUGAGUAAUUAUUCAAGCACUGUCGGUAGAAUUGCUAAACCGUUUAAUCCGUUAUUGGGAGAGACAUAUGAAUAUGUUAGACCCGAUAAAGCAUUUAGAUAUAUUUCGGAACAAGUUAGUCAUCAUCCGCCAAUAAGUGCAUGUUAUUGUGAAUCACCAAAUUAUGAUUUUUUUGCCGAGGUGGACGUAAAAUCAAAGUUUUGGGGAAAAUCAUUUGAAAUAUUACCACAAGGUGUAUCACAUGUAAAUUUAAAAGUAUUAAAUGAUUAUUGGCCAAAAUCUUUACCUGAUACAUUGAAGAAGCCGGCAAAUGAAAAUGGAGAAGUAUUUAUUGAACAUUAUUCGUGGAAAAAGGUUACAACUUGCGUGAAUAAUUUAAUUGUAGGUACUCCAUGGAUAGAUCAUUAUGGUGACAUGAUUAUAACAAAUCAUUUAACCGGUGAUAAAUGUGUACUCACUUUCAAAGCAAGAGGUUGGAGAGGUAAAGAUGCUUUUGAGAUAAGAGGUUUUGUUAAAGAUGGCGAAAAUGAUCAAGAGGUUUGGGAAAUUGCUGGCAGAUGGAAUGAAAGAUUAAUUGCAAGACGUUGUGAUAUUAAUUUGAGUGGUGCUAGUGAAGUUGAUUUGGGUAGUGAUAAAGCUGCUGAGCACGCUUAUCAGCAUCAUACUGCAGGAAAUAGCAAUAGUUUAGAUGGAAUACCUAUGACACCAAUAAGCCCUUCUUCCUUGCAAUAUAGAAGACCUAUCGUACUUUUAUGGAAAAAAUCUCCUACACCUGAAGAACCAAUGCCUUUUAAUUUAACACCCUUUGCUAUAACAUUAAAUGACCUGCCUGGAAAUUUAGUACCUUGGAUAGCUCCUACUGAUAGUCGUCUUAGACCUGAUCAGAGAGCUAUGGAAUUAGGCAAUUACGAUUUAGCUAGUACUGAGAAGGUUAGAUUAGAAGAAAAACAGAGAGAAAAGAGAAAGAAAAGAGAACAAGGAGUAGAUAAAGAAUUUGUUCCAAGAUGGUUUACAAAGAAGAUUGAGAAAGAUACUGGCGAGUUAUAUUGGGAGUUUAAUCAUGAAUAUUGGAAAGAAAGAGAACGUGCUGGCAAGGAAAAAGUUGAAGGUAAUGGUCAAGGUAAAUGGAAUAUUGAUGAUGAUAUAUUUUAACUUUUUUUACAAAAUUUGAUAUAUCUGAAACAAUUUUUUUAGACAGAAACUUUAUGUAGUUUAUUUAUAUUUACAUUAAUUGUAAUUACCUUUUAAUAAAAAAAAAAAAUUUAAUAUAAAAUUUAAGUUGGAUAAAA